AUGGACUUUGGAAUUUUGACUUUUGUCCACAACAGCGCGCCUAGGAGGGGAGAUCCACGUGCGAACCAAGAGAAUCCCCUCAGCGCAAGUUGCCUGGAAACAACAAAUGCUCAAUGGGAUACGACAGCUCAGAUAUCCGCCUCAGAUUCCCCUGCCCCACCAGCAAACGAGCAGUUAAUGGACCGCCUUGCCCAAAUUCAACAGACUUUAAUCGAUGGGCUGGCUCGUGUAGACCAGAGGUUCGACGGCAUAGAGGGAACACUCACUGGCAUAGAGGGAACACUCACCCGCAUAGAGGGGAGAGUCACUCACAUAGAGGACACGCUUACCCGAGAGCUGCCGGUGCCACGUGAUGGGUUGCGGCGCGUCGAGUGCAUGACUGCAAAGACUUGGAACGGUCGAUGCAACAAGAAAGGGGUGCCCCGAUAUGCGAGAGUGCCCCGAGACGACCAUGUCGCAUACAAUGAGAUACCGGACAUCCAGGACUUCAAUCGUCUUCGCGACGCUGAUAAUGUGCAAGUCAACCAAUGGUUGCGGUUUUACGGGCGCUCCCGACAUGGUACUCUCGCCAAGAAGAAGUUCCGGCUCGGUCGGUACAUUGGUCUUGAUCGCUUGCAAUGCAACAUUCUCCUCACUGGUUAAUACCAAUAUCACACAUACUCCCAUUUGUAGCCCUGAUGCUUCCACUCUGCUUCUUCCAUUAUGUGCCCACCCAUAUGCCACUAAUACCUGUACUCGUGCAUCGUACUCGUAGACACUGGUUGUAACCACUCCUUUGACCAUAUGCAUUGACAAUC